CUUUCUUGCUUCCGCUCCAUCACAACUUCUACGGUUACGUUAACGCAAAAAUGACAUGUUAAUCGUAAUGGAGCGGAAGUGUUGUGUAUGUUUUAGCACUUUACGUUAUAUUAUAGUUCUUGUGUCGUUGUUGGUGGUGGGUAUGUUUUAGCAAUUUUUUAUGUGACGGUGUGUUAAUCAUCCGGUUGGUUGUGUUUGUAGGUGUUAGCUUUUUUUUACGGCCAUAGUUCUUUGUUUGUUUUUUUUAAUUCUCUUUGUUUACGUGUCAAGUGUUCUUUAUUAGCUUAUUAUAACACUAUAGUUCUUUGUGUUUUUUUUAUCUCUUUGUUUAUGAGUCAAGUGGUCUACGUCUAAAGCUGUGAUAUACUUCUCCACUAAUCUGUUUAAUUUUCUAUGGUUAGAACUUUAUUCAUAUAAUGAUCUUUUUUUUGUAGGUGCUAGCUUAUUUUUUCGAGAUAUAUGUGCAAGAACUAUACACAAAGAUGGUGUUGCGAUGCUGCAAAAUAAUAUAUGUAUGGUUCUUUGUAAUUUGGAGAAGAUAUUUCCUCCAUCCUUUUUUGAUGUUAUGGAGCAUUUGGUGAUUCACUUGCCACAUAAAGUUAGUCUUGACGGACCUGUACAGUUUAGAUGGAUGUAUUGUUUUGAACGAUACAUGGGCCAUCUAAAGAAAAAAGUAAAAAAUAAGGCAAAAGUAGAAGGAUCAAUUGUUGAACAAUACAUCAACGAAGAAAUUUCCACUUUUUGUACUUAUUACUUUGAACCACACAUAAAGACAAAACAUCGAACAGGAGAUCGACAAUAUGAUGGAGGUAAUCAAGACGAUACUCAUGAGUUUGAUAGAAUUCCAGAUAUAUUUUCUCAGGCAGGGAAGGGCAGUGGUAAAGAAAUACAGAUCUGGCUCCAAGAUAAAGAUUACCAUAUUGCACAUACAUAUAUUUUGCAGAACUGCGAUCAAUUAAGAUCAUUUGAAAGGUUAUUUGAUGAGAGCAUGAUUGCGGCUAAUCCUGGGAUUACUGAAAACAAUUUAACCGAGCUUAGAGAAAAAAACAUAUUCAAGCUGGUUACAAAAACAUGUGGAAGAUACCUUGAACAAUAAUUCAUAUCCAAAGUGGUUGUUGAGUCUCGUUCAUGGUCCAAUGGUUCAAGAUACUUGUUGGCUAAUGUA